AUGUCCGAGGCAGAGACGCUGCUGGAGAGAUUCAAGGAUGAAUACUCACAGUUCCCUUUUGUGGUGAUAGGUUCACUUACCCUUGCAAUUUUACGACGAGAUCGCCCUUUCUUGCUAAUUGCCAUUCUGGCAACAACAACUCACCAACGAGCCAAUUUGCAUAAAGUCUUGGAGUCCGAGUUUCGAACAAUACUGGGCACAAAGGUCUUUGUUGAUGGUGUUUUCAAUGUAGAUCUAUUGCAAGGCUUGGUAGUGUACCUUUCUUGGUGGCAUUUCCAUCGCCGUCAAGCUAACCAGAUAUUCACGAUAACUCAAACAGCAGUUACCAUCGCUCUGGACCUUGCGGAGACCGUGACACUUAAUGCCGAGUGGAAAAGGCUAUACCUUGGGACCUACUUACUGUCGUCUUGUAUACUGUUCGCUCUAGGCAGAACCCCUGUAAUGAAAUAUGAUGAUAUUAUCGAUAGGUACUGUAGAGGCCUAGCGACUCAAGAAGACGUUCCAACAGAUCUGCCACUCGUGCAUGCUGUCCGGCUGCACAGACUUGUGGUGCUGAUAACUUCAGCAUUUGGUCGGAAAUCACACAGGCCAUUUGAACUUUCCGAAGGAACAACCGAGCUUCUGAUCGAUUCUUUCAAGUCACAGUUGCAAGAUCUGCGAUCCACCUUGCGUCUUGAUGACUCGAGCAUCCCAUCGCUGGGGCUCAUGUAUGACAGUGCUUACGUGUUCUUGUAUGAGGUGGCGCUUUAUACUAAUUUUCAAGGAAGCGAGACAGCCGCACCGGACCACCAGAGUCUGGGCACCACCCAUAACUCGCAAAUCCUUGAAACCAGCCUUCUUUUCAACUGCCUAGAAGCGACCAAAAAUUUCUUAAGCAGGUAUCUCAGACUUUCCGGUCAAUUGAUCAGGAAACAUAGCAUGUGCGAGAAAGCCCAGCUUGGCCAUGCCAUAAUGGUUCUCAUCAAACUCUCGCUUUGUGCCACUGGCAGUCAUGAAGGCCUUCGCUUCAGGCAGACGUGUGAUGUGAAGUAUUUUCUUGACGCACUCGCCAAUCGUGCUGCGACCUUAACAGCCGCUACACUGGGAACGACAGAAUAUCCCGACUGUUUUUGGCAGUUUGAACAGACCAUCCGACGUAUCAAAUGCUGGUAUGAGCAUUUAGAGACAGGACAGCAAGGCGCCACGCCCACGGAUUUUAUUGACGCGUCACCAUUACGUCUCGUCAGUCUGUCGGAGGAAUUUCUUCAAGAGACGCCCAGUUUCAAUGACUUGGACCUAACAAUGUUCAAUUCGGCAGACUUCUGGCAAUGA